AUGGAGGACUCAGUGGUCUUUGAGGAUGUGGCUGUGGAAUUCACCCAGGAAGAGUGGGCUUUGCUGGAUUUUUCUCAGAAGAAAUGCUAUAGAGAUGUGAUGAUGGAAACCUUCAGGAACCUGGACUCAGUUUUUAAACAGGAUAAUAAUGGACAAAUGACAGUGAAGAAUGACUCCUGGUUCUCCAUGUUAGGAGCGAUCUUUGAAUUCCAUGGCAUUGAAUGUCAGCACAACAACCAGGGAAGGCAUGUGAGAAUAUAUACAGUAGAGAGCCUCUGUGAAUGUAAAGAUGGUAAAGUAAAUAAAGGUGAAGAAGGUAAUCAGUGUGGAAAAACUUACAGCUCGAUUGGAAAUCUUACUAGGCUCGAAAGAACUCCUGAAGCGAAUCCUCCUGAAUGCCUUGAGUAUGGAAAAGCUUUCAUGGAUCAUUCAUCAUUAGAGCAUCACAUCAGAUCUCACACUAGAUACAAACCUUGUCAUUGUAAGGAACGUGGAGAAGAUCGUAGUGGUCCUUCUUCCCUAAAACCACAUAUGAGAGAGAAACUUUAUAAACAUAAGGAUUUUGGUAAACCUUGUAGUUGUUUCUUACCCCUCACUAAACAUAAAAGAACUCAGUGUAGAGAGAGGCCUUAUGAAUGUAAGGAAUGUGGGAAAAACUUUCAUCAUUCUUCAAAUCUCACUAGACAUAUAAGAACUCACAAUGGAGAAAGGGCUUAUGAAUGUAAGGAAUGUGGGAAAACCUUCAUUGAUUCCUCACACCUUACAAGACAUAUAAGAACUCAGAGUGGAGAGAGGCCCUAUGAAUGCAAGGAGUGUGGGAAAGCCUUUAGUUGUCUCUCAAGCAUCACUAGACGUGUAAGAACUCACAGUGGAGAGAGGCUUUUUGAGGGUAAGAAAUGUGGGAAAGCCUUUAGUCAGGCCUCAUCCCUCACCAUGCAUAUGCGAACUCACGGUGGAGAGAAGCCUUAUGAAUGUAAGGAAUGUGGGAAAACCGUUAGUUAUUCCUCAACCCUCACUAGACAUAUAACAAUUCACAGUGGAGAGAGGGCUUAUGCACAUAAGGAAUGUGGGAAAGCCUUUAGUUAUUCCUCACGCCUCACUAGACAUAUAAUAAGUCACAGUAGAGACAGACCUUAUGAAUGUAAAGAAUGUGGGAAAGCCUUCAGUUGUUCCUCAUCCCUCACUGUACAUAUGUGAACUCACAGUGGAGCGAAGCCUUAUGAAUGUAAGGAAUGUGGGAGAGCCUUUAAUUAUUCCUCAGCCCUUACUACACAUAUAAGAUCUCACAGUGGAGACAGGCCUUAUGAAUGUAAGGAAUGUAGGAAAGCCUUUAGUCAGGUCUCAGCCCUCACUACACAUAUGCAAACUCACAGUGAAAAAAGACCCUAUGAAUGUAAGGAAUGUGGGAAAGCAUUUAGUUUUUCCUCAUCUCUCCCUAUACAUAUAAGAUCUCACAGUGGAGAGAGGCUUUAUGAAUGUAAGGAAUGUGGAAAUUCCUUUAGUCAGUUUUCAUGCCUCACUGACCAUAUAAGGGCUUACAAUAGAUACAGGUCUUAUGAAUGUAAAGGAUGUGGGAAAACCUUUAGUUGUUUCUCUCCUGUAAACAUUAGAACUCACAGUGGAGAUAGGCCUUAUCAUAGUAAGGAAUGUGGGAAAGCGUUUAGACAGUUCUCACACCUCACUGACCAUAUAAGAUCUCACGGUAGAGAGGACUUGCGCUGCCGUGAAUUGCUAUCAUCUGGCCCUUCUAGCCACGACUUUGGAACUCUCACAAAAUGA